AUGUCCUUCGUCAAGGUUGUCCCCCAUAGUUCCUUUGAACCCGGCACACAUCUACUCACUCGGCCGACGUUCAACCACCAAAACACUCAGGACCGUUUACGCGAAGCCGCCAGAAGGCCGACUCCAUUUCCGAUGAUUAGCAACAUCAGGAAGGACCGAAGGUCCAUAUUCAAGGAGGUGGGCCUGGCACCAGAAGAACCCGGAUCAACAAAUACCUUUGACGAAAACCACGCCGUAGCAGACGAGAAGGAGGAGUCCCGCCAAGAACGGAGACCGAUCGUUCUUGACGCCGCCGAGGUCAGCACAUCCGCAACUGCUCGCUCGCGUGUUGAGGACCAGCAGCGCGAGGAAACGAACGUCAUUCAAGAGAAAGGGGAGCAACCGUCAGCGGACCCGUUGAGUCAACGCCGGAGUUUGCACGAGAUAUCACGAUCUCAAACUGUCUCAGCGCAGUCAGCUGCCAACAAGAUACCAUGGUAUGCCAAGCUCGCAGCAGGGAGGAGACCAAGAGUCAGGACGGUUGGAGGCUCGCCGCCAUCGCCUUUACGCGGCCUAUCAGCGGUCAGCAUGCUUGCCCUGGUCCUGGCUGUCCUGAUCCCGUUCACCGGUAGGGGCAAACAGGACACCGUGGGUGUCGCGGACGCUGGCCCCAUCAUACUGAGCAGGGCAGACAGCCCGACAGACGUUUGCGCGAGGUGGGCCAUGCAGUCUACUAUCCUCAAUGGCACGCUCUACAUGUAUGGAGGCGAGGCCAAGACGAGCUUGAAUCAGGAGAAUGACACUUGGAACAACAACCUCCUCGCGCUCGACCUGACCUCGACCUGGGAUACCAGCUCGCCAUCACUGACUGGCCUCCCGCAGCCGAGCGGACCACCAGCUGUCGCACUUGGCGCACUAUGGAAUGACUACAACAGUCUGUACGUCUAUGGUGGAGAGUUUGCCGACAAUCCAUUUCAGGAGCCGGUAGAGGUCUCGACAUGGCAGUACAGAAUCGGCUCCGGUACGUGGACGGAGCACUCGGACCCUCAGACUUCCUCGGGCAACAACUCGGCGUCCGAGGGCGUGCCUGUCCAGAGAGCCGCUGAAGGAGCAGCAGUCAGUGUGCCGGAGCUCGGGCUGAGCUGGUAUUUCGGAGGCCACCUGGACCUCUCCACCACACCGGGAUGGAGCAUACAUACGGAGCGCGUCUAUAUUAAGAGUCUGCUUGAGUUUACCCACCCAGGCUACUCCAACGACGGGGUGUUCUCACUGAGGGGCAGUGGUGCGCCAGCCUCAGGAACCUACAGGAACAUCACCGAAGGGGGGCUGCAGCUCAGCGACACCUUUACGGAGAGGGCUGACGGUGUGUUGGUGUUUGUCCCCGGCUGGGGUGCCUCGGGUGUCCUGAUCGGCCUCGGAGGCGGAACGGCUGAGGACUUUGUGGACGAUAUGUCUACACUGGACGUCUAUGACAUUGCCAACUCGGUCUGGUAUCACCAACAAACUUCAGGGUCUCCUCCCGGGGUCCGAGUCAACCCUUGUGCGGUCGUCGCGACCGCGCCGGAUGCGAGCAGCUUCCAGAUUUAUGUGUUUGGAGGGCAGAAUCUGCAACCUGCCGGCAAUCAAAUUCAGUACGACGACAUGUACAUAUUGACCAUCCCCUCAUUCACCUGGAUCGGGCCUGUCUCCCAAGGCGGCUCCAGCUCCAGCAUCCCCUACGCACGAGCUGGGCAUACCUGUACCCUGCGCGAUGGGCAGAUGAUCGUGGCAGGUGGGUUCAACACAACUAUGUCAAGAUGUGACAGCCCCGGCAUAUAUGUCUUCAACGCUUCGUCCCUGGAGUGGGGAACGUCAUUCAGGGCGCUUGCUCCGUCCUCCGACGCCGGCUCCGCAGACAAUAGUGUGAUGGCCGGUAGCUACGGGUAUGUAGUACCCGAUGAGGUUAUCAGCGUCGUUGGCGGCGGGCCAUCAGGCAGUGCAACCAUCACGCAGCCCGCAGCCAGCGCGACAGGCGGCCCCUUCGCCACCGGCAAACCGCCAGUCUUCACAAUCACCGCGUCCGGGUCAACCGCGACCAUCACUUCGCCCCCAGGAUCGUCGAGCCCCGGCGACUCCAAACCGGCGAACCAGGGCGGCCUCAUCGCCGCCAUAGUCAUCGCGUGCCUCGCCGGCGCGGCAGCCGGGUACCUUGGGUAUUGCGCGUGGCUGUACCGCCGGCAGGUGCGCGCGUACAAGACGCACCUGGCGGUGCAGAACCGCUUCCCGGCUCGGUCUGCGUCGCACGGCUCGUUCUUCUUCGGCGCCUUCGGGCGCAGGAAGAGCAACGCCCGCGGAGAGGAAGAGAAAGCCUGGCUUGCCGGCCACAGGCGUGACGCCAGUGAUGGGAGCAGCAGGGCGGGCGACGAGUCGUUUGCGUGGGUUGGUCGGGACAAUCUGCUCGACCCCAGCUCCAAUUCCAACUCGAACAAGUUCACGCCCACGAGCAGUGGUGCGCGGCCCAGCUAUGGGGACGAUUCCAAAGGAGGGCCAUCGCCCGGCUCCGGCACUUCUCCAGGUGAGGUCAGCGGUAGCAGCAGACCGAGGAGAGACAGCACCAGUGGUGCGAGUACCAGCUCGCUCGAAGGUCAGGAGCCGAGUUUCUUCAGUGUAGUCAUGGGCCCCAGGAGGGCCUUGAGAGUGGUCAACGGGCUGGAAGAUGAUGCACAUUAG